GCCUGGCCAAACUGCAGAUUUUCAAAGCCUUAUUCUACAUAUGAAAUGCCAUGAUUUGGCCAGGUGCAAUGGCUCACAUCUGUAAUCCUAGCACUUUGGGACGCCUGGGCGGGCCAAUCCCACCAGACUCACUGCUGGGAGGCCCCAGGGCAACCCGGUCCUCCAAUUUCUUAUUGCUUUAUUUCACAGCCUCUUUAAUAAACCUCACAUCUAAAGGUUUAAGAAAUUAAAUCACCAUCAAAGACUAUUUCAGCCUUGGAGGAAUAAUACUAUUUUUAGAAAUGAGCUUUUAUAUUAAAUCACAGACAAUUUGCAACACUGAGUUGCAAGGUGUCUUGUUUAGUGCUGAUAACAAGGCCUUGUCCCUAUUUUGGUAGUUAGAAGAACUGAGACCUAGAAGGUGCUAGAAGAGGCCCCAGAUCACUCCCUCCUUGGGUUCAGUUGGAUUCAGCAGGCUCCUUGGCGACGUCCGAGCGCUGCAGUUUCGCCUGUGCUUCCGGGGGCUCCCGUAGUUGCCUUGGAUAACCGUGGGUGUCUCCUCAUCAUAUCUGUGCCAUUCAUGUUUUUCAGAGAUCUAACUGCCAAAGGACUUAAACUCUCUAAGCCUCCCUUUCUCUCUUUCCACGUAGUGGGGAGUAACAAUGCCUACUCUAGAGGGUCCUAUAGUAAAUGGGGCAGUGCCCUUCCCCCACUUGGUGGGCACAGAGAAGAGGCUUCAUUUGUGGAGUGAGGGAGCCUCUCUUAAAGCAGGGGUGACAUGUUUUCUCUUAUCCUCGCGUUCCCCACUCAGGGCAGCUGGGAACCGAGGCUGUUGACUGCGCCCCACACAGUGGCUCCCUCCCUCACAGGGCCCCUCACCAUCUCCCAGUACAAGGCACAUGCAACAGAAAAUCUCCACCUUCCUAUGAAAGCUUUUGCUCAUGCUGGGAUUUUUUCUCUCUCUCUCUCUCAGUGAGAAAAUGGCUCAUCACCUUGGAUACCAACGUUUUACAUCAGAGAUUGGUCACUCCUGCUGCUGUCAGCACUGUAAACACUGCUGGGGGGGAGUCAGCCCGAGUCCCCACCCCCAGCCAGGUGUCACAGAGGGGAUCGUCCUUCAGGCUCAGAGGGGCCCGCCUGCCACCACAAGCCCAACCCUAGCUCAGGGGCUGCAGAACUCAAGAUACCAUCCCGUUUUUCCUGGCUGAGGAAGGGAAGGGAAGAGCGCAUCUUCUGUACUCCUCGGUUCUGUGUCCCUGGGGCCUGGAGUCAAGACACCUUCAAAUGCAGAGGCUCUUCAGACACAGCUUUUCUGGAAACUGAUCUUCAGUGCACUAAGAGAAGGAGAGUCUCAAACCAAAAAUGACCUGGAGGCAUCAUGUCAGGCUUCUGUUUAUGAUCAGUUUGGCAUUACGGAUCAUCAACUUGGGAAACAGCUAUCAAGUAGAGAAACAUAACGGCAGUAGAGGGGAAGUCACCAAGGUUGCGGCUCUGAAGCACCAACAGACACCGCUCAACUGGACCUCGGGUCAUGUCGGGGAGGUGACUGGGAGCGAGGAGGGCUGGAGGCCUGGGGAGCGGCUCCCCUUCUCCCGAGCUUUCCAAGAGGGUGCGCCCGGGAGGCCACGCUGCUGCCGCAACGGCGGCACCUGCGUGCUGGGCAGCUUCUGCGUGUGCCCGGCCCACUUCACCGGCCGCUACUGCGAGCACGACCAGAGGCGCAGUGAAUGCGGCUCCCUGGGACACGGAGCCUGGACCCUCCGCGGCUGCUACCUCUGCAGGUGCGUCUUCGGGGCCCUGCACUGCCUCCCCCUCCAGUCGCCUGGCCACUGUGACGCGAAAGACUUCCUGGCCUCCCGCGCUCACGGGCCGAGCGCCGGGGGCGCGCCCAGCCUGCUGCUCUUGCUGCCCUGCGCGCUCCUGCACCGCCUCCUGCGCCGGGAUGCGCCAGCGCGCCCUCCUCCGCCGCUUGUCCCUUCCGUCCCCCAGCGGGAGCCACGCCCCUGCAGAAGAGGGCCGGGAUUUGGGCAUCGCCUUUCAUUUUCUAUGUUGUAAAUAGAAGAACUGGGUGAAUAUUUUUAUUGGGUAAUAAACAUUUUCAUGAAAGC